CGCGCAAUUUCACGCGCUGUCUUCCCACGGUCCCACCGACCGAAGCAGUAUGAAACCUCGACGGUAACGCCUGUGGCAUUUUAUAUACUCCCCAAAAAUCCGUUCCCGCUCCUCUCUCUCCCUGAGGUUGUCAGCAGCUCCAGCGCCGUCGCCGAUGGGAAGCACUACGGCUGGAUCUCCCUUGACUCAUAUGCAGCUCCGGAUUCCCUGCAAAUCCUCGACGCUUGACCGCCACUGGCGGGGGACGGUCAACGCCGCCCUUCCUUCCUGCCAGACACGGCGGCGGCCCGUGGCUCUCGCAGUGGCGCCUUCUCUCCCCGGUGAGGGCGGUAGAAAGAGGAUUGUGAAGGCUCAGGCUUUGGCGCUGAACGGAGCGGGAGUGCUAAAGGAGUUCUCAUGCGACGGGAUCACCAAGGACCUGAACUCGCUUCCGAAACCUCUCUCUGUAACUGAUUGCUCCAAUUCGGUCUCUGAUGGAUCCCGCCUUCGAGUUGCUUACCAGGGUGUUGGAGGAGCAUACAGCGAAUCGGCAGCAGAGAAAGCAUACCCAAACUGUGAAGCAGUACCCUGUGAACAGUUCGAUACUGCAUUUGAAGCUGUUGAGAGAUGGAUUGUGGACAGAGCAGUUUUACCCAUAGAGAAUUCUUUAGGUGGAAGCAUUCACAGAAACUAUGACCUUUUACUUCGGCACCACUUGCAUAUAGUCGGGGAGGUGAAACUUGCAGUAAGGCAUUGCUUAUUAGCCAAUCAUGGUGUAAAAAUUGAAGAUCUCAAACGAGUUCUUAGCCAUCCACAGGCUCUUGCUCAGUGCGAGCACACACUAACGAAGUUAAGCUUAGUCAGAGAAGCAGUGGAUGAUACUGCUGGUGCUGCAAAGCAUGUUGCUUUCCACAAACUAAAAGACUCUGGAGCUGUUGCCAGUGCUGCUGCUGCCAAAAUCUACGACUUGAACAUUCUAGCGGAAGAUAUUCAGGAUGAUUCUGAUAAUGUUACACGGUUCCUAAUGCUGGCAAGGGAGCCUAUUAUUCCAGGCACUGACAGACCCUUCAAGACAAGCAUAGUUUUCUCUCUUGAGGAGGGUCCAGGAAUGCUUUUCAAGGCUCUUGCUGUCUUUGCUUUACGACAAAUCAAUCUUACUAAAAUAGAAAGUCGACCCCUGCGGAAGAGAAGUUUGCGAGUAUCAGAUGAUAACAAUAAUGGGACCCCAAAAUACUUUGAUUAUCUUUUCUAUGUGGACUUUGAAGCAUCCAUGGCUGAUCAAAAUGCUCAGAAUGCCCUCAGGCAUCUGCAUGAGUUUGCGACAUUCUUAAGGGUCCUUGGGAGCUAUCCAGUAGACACCAGCAUGAUCUGAAUGGGCCUCAGACAUGGUUGAUGGUAGUACUCCAAGAGAGAGAAUUUCGCUGCGAAUCUUUUCUUCUUUUUCCUCGAGUUUACUGGGUCUUUAAGAUUCUCUUGUCAGAGUAGGCAAUGGUCAAUUGUGAGUAUUUGUUCCGCAUGGGCCUAGUGAGAAUUGAGUAGUCAGUUUAAAGUCAUAUAUUGUUUUCCUUUUUGGUCCUAGAUGUCUGGUAUCAAUUUUUCUAGGGUAGAUGACUAUCAAACGGGUUAUUUUUUCAUGCAAUUUUAGAUGGCGUCUCAUUUGACCCUUCUCAGCUACAAUCUUGCAUGUUGAGUCUCGGGCACUUGUACAAUUCAUCCCAGGAAAAAUUCCAUAGGUCGUGAAAUUGCUGACCCCUUUCAAACA